CUCUCUCUCUCUCGCUACAUAAAUAGCCAAAACAAACCAUAUCACACGAAAUUUCUCCCUCUCUACGUGCAUCCAAAAUGGCAGUGGAUCCGAUCCAAACACCACCACCGCCACCUCCAAGAUCCAAUGCCUAUCUCUUCUCGGACCCACUAGAUUCCCACCCGUUAUGGUUCAAACCGGACCUUUUCCUCUCUCCAAAUUUUGACUCCGACUCUUACAUUUCGGAGCUCCGAACUUUUGUCCCCUUCGACACUCUCCGAUCGGAACUCCAAGCACACUUAACUUCCCUAAACCACGAAUUAAUCGAUUUAAUCAACCGUGAUUACGCGGAUUUUGUUAAUUUAAGUACCAAACUUGUUGAUGUGGACUCUGCUGUCGUUCGGAUGCGGGCUCCGUUAUUGGAGCUCCGAGAGAAGAUUGAAGGGUUUAGAGGGAGUGUGGAGUCGUCUCUUGUGGCUUUGAAGAACGGAUUGGAGCAGAGAUCGGAGGCGGCGGCCACUAGAGAGGUUUUGGAGUUGCUGUUGGAUACGUUUCAUGUUGUUUCUAAGGUUGAGAAAUUGAUAAAGGAGCUACCUAGUGUUCCUGCUGAUUGGUCGAAUGGAGAUGUGAAUUUGGCGGAAAAGAAUGUUGUGAGCAAUGGCAGCAUUGAGAAUGUCACGAAUGUGAGAGAGACUCAAAGCAUGCUUUUGGAGAGAAUUGCCAGCGAGAUGAAUCGACUUAAGUUCUACAUUGCUCAUGCACAGAACCUCCCUUUCAUUCAGAACAUGGAGAAGAGGAUUCAAAGUGCGAGCCUAUUGUUGGACGCAAGUUUGGGACAUUGUUUUGUAGAUGGGCUGGAGCACCGGGAUGAAAGUGUAAUCUAUAAUUGUUUACGUGCAUAUGCUGCUAUUGAUAACACUAGCAGCGCAGAAGAAAUCUUCCGCACGACUGUUGUGGCUCCAUUAGUACAGAAGAUCAUUCCACAUGGACCAUCAGGAGUGGCUGUUGGGGCAUCUGGAGAUGGACUUGAAAAUGAUUAUCAAGAAAUCAAGACAUGUAUCAACAAGGACUGUAAAUUCCUUUUGGAAAUAUCUUCUGCAGAAAAUUCGGGGUUGCAUGUUUUUGACUUCUUGGCUAAUUCAAUUCUGAAAGAGGUUCUCUCUGCAAUUCAAAAGGGAAAACCGGGUGCUUUUUCCCCUGGAAGACCAACUGAAUUCUUGAUAAAUUACAAAUCAAGUCUAGACUUCUUGGCUCAUCUUGAAGGCUAUUGUCCAUCCAGAUCUUCUGUUACUAAAUUUCGAGCUGAAGCCAUCUACAAUGAGUUCAUGAAGCAAUGGAAUGUUGGGGUUUAUUUCUCUUUGAGGUUCCAGGAAAUAGCUGGUGCUCUGGAAUCUGCACUUGCAGCAACCAGUCUUAUUCCAGUUCACAAUUCACAUUCUGGCCAUUGGAAUUCCCAAGAUUUAACAUUAAAACAAAGUAUCACUCUUUUGGAGAGCCUGAGAUCUUGCUGGAGAGAAGAUGUUCUCAUUUUCUCAUGUGCUGACAAGUUUCUUCGCUUAACAUUGCAGCUUCUUUCAAGAUUCUCAAAUUGGUUGUCUUCUGGUCUGGAUGCUCGUAAGACGGGUAAUACCAGCUCCAACUCUGGAUAUGAAUGGGCAGCUUCAGCUGUUCCCAGUGAUUUUCUCUAUAUUAUUCAUGAUAUAAAUUGUCUGGUCACAGAGGUUUGUGGAGGUUACCUUGAUGAUGUACUUCAGCUUCUAUCUUCAUGUUCCAUCGACAUACUUGAUCUAGUAAAACAAAGCAUUUUACAAGGUGGGAAGUCAUUAAAUGGUUUGACACCUCUAGUUAUCAAUGCAAUCACAGAGUCACUGGUUGAUGAGGCUGUUAAGGGCUUGAAAGAUGUGAAGGCAAUUGCUACGACUUUCAGGAUGACUAAUAAGCCUAUUCCUACCAGACAUUCACUCUACGUAUCAGGAUUGUUAACUCCGUUAAAGAAGGAUUUUCUGGAUACUGAGAAACAUAGCCCAUAUUUGACUAAGGAGACUAUGAAUGAGUUACGGCAUGGUGCUGCUACUGCAAUUACUGGUCGUUAUUAUGACAUGGUUGCUGAAAUCGUCAGUGUGGCUAGGAAGACAGAAUCUUCACUCCAGAGAUUAAAGAAGGGUGCCCAAAGACGAACUGGAGUAAGCUCAGAUGUCUCAGACCCCACUGUAUCUGAUACUGACAAGCUAUGUAUGCAAUAUUUCCUUGAUAUUCAGGAGUAUGGACGCAACCUCUCCACCCUCGGGGUUGAUGCAAAAGAAAUUCCAGCUUAUCAAUCCUUGUGGCAAUGUGUCGCUCCUCUAGAUAGACAAAAUGUGAUAAAUUUGUGAGAGUUGGCAUUGCUUGCUAGCAGUCUCUCACCCCUACUUUCAUUUAUCAGUUCAAUAUACAAAUAUAUUCUGUAAAUUGAGUUCAGAGUGAAGUGCAUUUUGUUUUUUGGUUUUACUCCAUAAAAAUAUCCUAGGCUCUCGGACAUUCAUUGCUAGGUUUUUUAUCCCCUUCUUUUUUUGAGAUAAUUUUGUACUAGCAACUUUGAUUUCUUACGUAGUGUUUAAUGAUGCAAUUCUAAUAUCAUGGUUAAUUCUCUUCA